GGACGUGAUGUUCAGCCGCGCGCUGGCACAGGGGGAGGGAGCGAGACUCCUCAAACAAGCUGCACUGCGCUGCGUGUUUAUAUACUAGCGGAACGCUUGAUUAAUCUAACACGUUUAAUAUCGACGGCAGGUGCUUAACGUGGGACUUCAAAUGCCCGACGCGAACAGCAAAUCGACGGGGGCUGGUACUAGCUGAGCGUAAAUAGUCAUCGAGUGACUUAUCUCGGGGUUUGUUGGCGCGCCGUGGCCAAGCGUGUGUGGCUACUGAACGAACGGCGGCGUUUGUAAAACGAGCGAACUAAAGUUGUUUGCUGGGUAAUUUUGGAUGCCAGAUCGUUUGUUUUCGGAAUAUGGCUCAGCGUGGACACCAUCAUGUUGCGAGUUCCCAAAAAGCUUUAAUGUUGGAGCUGAAAAGUCUCCAGGACGAGCCGGUUGAAGGCUUCAAAAUAACUUUAGUCGACGAGUCGGAUUUGUACAACUGGGAAGUCGCGAUAUUCGGACCCCCGAAUACGCACUAUGAGGGGGGUUAUUUUAAGGCACGUAUCAAAUUCCCUGUCGACUACCCGUACUCUCCUCCUGCCUUCAGAUUCCUUACCAAGAUGUGGCAUCCCAACAUCUAUGAGAAUGGCGACGUAUGUAUUUCCAUACUUCACCCGCCAGUGGACGAUCCCCAGAGUGGAGAACUGCCGUCAGAGAGGUGGAACCCUACACAGAAUGUCAGAACGAUCUUAUUGAGUGUUAUCUCCCUGCUGAAUGAGCCCAACACCUUCUCGCCUGCCAAUGUGGACGCCUCCGUCAUGUACCGCAAAUGGAGGGACAGUAAGGGGAAAGACCGCGAGUAUGCGGAGAUCAUCAGGAAGCAGGUUCUAGCCACCAAAGCCGACGCAGAGCGGGACGGGGUCAAGGUGCCCACCACGCUGGCCGAAUACUGCGUCCGUACCCGCGCCCCACCUGCCGACGAGGGAUCCACCUUAUUCUAUGACGACUACUAUGAUGAUGAGGAGUUAGAUGAUGAUGAAGAGGAGGGUGAGGACUGUUGCUAUGAUGAAGAUGACUCUGGGACAGAGGACUCUUGACGAGCAACGGCCAAGCUUUCCGAACUCUCCACUUCGGUUUUCCGUUUGGUUUUGUAGCUUUUAAAUCAAGUCGAAAAGGAUUUUUUUUCUGUUUGAAGAUCUGAGAUCCCCGACAUCACGAAGGGCAAGAGAUGAACUCUUUACGUCUGUUCAAGCAGCAGCCAGAAGUUGCAGUCAACUCCAAACCGAGACUCAUUGAGGGUUUUUUUUUUUCUUGUAGUUUUGGGGGCAGGUUGGGUUCAACCAAUCAGUGCGAAACAGUCCAGCUCAUGUUUAUUUGAUUCUCGGUACACAACUUGCCUUUCAAAGGCACCUGAUCUCAGGUUUUCAGUGUCUGUGAUUCAACAGUAUUGGCAACUUGGGUGGGGGAAAAAAAAGUAGCUAAUACACCUUCUCAGGGCUACUUCUCUUUCUUACACCACAAUGCAUCAUAUUCUGCUUCUGUAGCCAAGGACUGAACAAGCUGACUGAUAAAUGGGUGAUAAAUGCAUUACAUACAGUUCACACCAUUCUAAGCUUCGUCCUCUUUUUGGACUUUAAUGUUUCAUUUUAUCCACCAACAGGCAUGUCUUAUUUGUGUUUUGUUCUUGAUUUUAUGGGGUUGCGAGGUAUUGCGUUUGAAUCUUCGCUACAUUUAGCUACUCUUUGACAUUUGUUGGUAUUUUAGUUGUCAUUUAUCCUUUUUCAUUUUAAAGCUUUGUGGUGACGCUUUAUUUGGAACCUAAAAUCCUCCUCAGGAAAAUGGACAAGACAUUGGUGUGUUUGUGGCCGACCUCUUAACCCGAACAGACUCUUUAAACCCUUUCAGCAAAUUCAUAUGCACACGGGGGUAUUUUGGGCCACUUUCCCUUCUUGUUUGUACUUUGUUUUUCUUCUACUUUUUGUUAUGCUUUGUAAAUCUAUUUAAAGUCUGAAUAAAGAUCUUUAUUAGAAUUGUAA